UCGUAUUCACCUUUAUUAAAGUAUUUGAAAUUAAACAGCAAUUUGACAUUUAAUACAGAAAACAAUGUUUACUAUGCGCAAGUGGGGUGACUUUUCCUCUGCUCGAAACUGCAUCUCUUCUUCCUUUGAGAUUUCAGUAACUCCCCAUUUCCUUAGUAAUCUCAACCACUCUGCUAAAUGUCGGCCUCGUCUUCAUCUCUUAUUCCCAAGUUUGAUGUCUUCCUAAGUUUCAGCUCAGAAGAAGACACCGCCAAAACUUUCGUAACGGAUCUUUUCAGUUCCUUGUCAGAAAAAGGCAUUACAACUUAUUACAAAGAUGAAAAGCUAGAGGAGGGAGUCUCAUCUUCGGGUUCUGACCUAAGCAAAUGUAUUAGAGAUUCAAAACUAGCCGUUGUGGUGGUAUCCGAAAGCUAUCCAACCUCUGUGUUGUGCCUGAACGAGCUCCAAACAAUACUAAACUUGCAAGACGAAGGUCAACUCUCCGUCCUACUCAUCUUCUAUGGAGUGGAUACUUCGAACAUAAGAAAACAAACCGGAGAAUACGCAGAACCUUUCAGAAAACUUGGUGAAGAGUAUUCAGCUGAGAAGGUUCAAUCAUGGAGGAGGACUCUUACCAAACUCACCGGUAUAUCCGGCCUGGAUUCGCGUUUUUGGAGCAGAGAAGCAGAGAUGGUCGAUCUGAUUACAAAUGAAAUAUCACUUGUUAUUUCAAAUACGCAGAUCAGUCCAUCAACAUUCAAAGCGGAUGGACCUGUCGCAAUGGAUCGUCAUAUGCAUGCAUUAUAUGAGUUGCUGGAUCUAAAUUCCGACAAGGAAGUUCGCUUGGUUGGGAUAUGUGGUCCAGGAGGCGUUGGCAAGACGACACUAGCUAGAUACGCGUACGAAGAAAUGUCUGUCAAUUUCCAUGUCCAUAUGUUUGUAGACAACUCCGAGAAGAACUAUCAAGAAACAUUCACAUCGACAGAGAUUCAAGAAGACGCUCAAACUGAUGUCAUCAAAUCAGCGCUUGGACAGAGAAGAGGUCUGCUUGUGAUUGACUGCGUGGAUAACCUCCAACAGUUAAAGGACAUAGCAGAGAUCGUUGGCUGGUUUGGUUCAGGGAGCAGAGUCAUCUUUGUUACACAGGAAAAGAGUUUGUUAGAUGAAGUUGGUGUGGAGCAUGUCUAUGAACUCCAGUCUCUAAGAUACGACGAAGCUCUCCAACUCUUCUGCCGAGCUGCUUUCAACCAGCAACACCCUCCUACUAGUUUUGAAUCACUGGCUCUUCGUGCUGUCCAGGUUGCAAGUUUCCUUCCUCUGACUCUUAAAAUCCUAGGUUCGUCUUUACAUGGCAAGGAUGAAAGGACUUGGGAGGAGGAGCUGCAAAAACUCGAAGGAGACCAAGAGAAAACUAUAAUGGAAGUAAUGAAGAAGAGCUGCGCAAGAGCAAAUGAGGAGUAGGUAAAUUCGAUGAUGAAGAUUUAAUAACAUCAAGUGGGUUUAUGGGUUGUCUUGAUGGAUAUAUAUGGGUUUUAAACUAUGAAAUUAUCUCUUUUGAGUCUGUCUGAAUCUUUUUUAAUGAAAUCUUUAGCAUAGUUACAAAAGGCAAACUUGUUGAGUAGAAGAACUUAUUGUCAAAUCUCUUUUGCGUUUGUCUGAAACUCGGUGUUCUUAAGGUUUUCAUAAAACAUUUUCCAAGUUUAUGUUUCACGCAUUUCUUAUUUUGAUAAUCUGUUAUUUUAA